AUGGAUGAAGAUGCCCUCCAGGAUUGGAUGGAUGAGGAGCUUUCAGAACUAGACGAUUCUGACAAGGAUUCAGAUUAUGAAGACAGCAGUGAUGACAACAGUGAUGACAGCAGUGCCCAAUCAGGAAGUGCUAGUGAUAAAGACGACUCAAGUGAUGGUGAGAUACAAAUGGACAUAGACAAUGACAAUGGACAAGCUAAUAUCCUAAAUAAUGACAAUGAUAAUGACAAUAACAAUGGACAUGCAAAUAUCCCAAAUGAUGACAAUGACAACAAUGGACAAGCAAAUAUCCCAAAUGAUGACAAUUUUCCCGACAAUGACAAUGGACAAUUUCAGUUGAAAGACAGCAAACAUGAAAUACAGGAUUAG